UUCACCCUCAUCCAGGCCUUCUGCUGCGACAACGACAUCCACAUCCUGCGCCUCUCCGGCAUGCAGCGCUUGGCCACCAUCCUGGGCGAGCCCGAGCCCGGCACCACCGAGCCCCGCGACCUCCACUGCCUCUUAGUCACGAACCCCCACACGGACGCUUGGAAGAGCCAAGGGCUGGCGGAGGUGGCCAGUUACUGCGCCGAGAGCCGUGACAAGAACCAGUGGGUGCCCUACGUGUGCCUGCAGGAGCGCUGA